ACUUGGGUAACCAGCUAGCUGUCAGGAGUUAACGGCGGUGAACGAUGAGGAUUAUCUUCUACAGCACACAUUUAAAAGUCUGUCUUUUGAAGAAACAACUUGAGAUUAAACACCUCGGUGCUCACCAGCUGCGGGAUAUUGUCAUAAACUAAUUUUCGGGUAAAUAAUAAUCGCAUUUAACGUCGAGUUAAAGUCCAGGAUUAAAACAAACUGGCUAACUGCUAACGUUAGCUUGUCAGUGAAGAGGUGCUUCCGGUGUCGUGGUGCGGCAUGGUCACACAUCCGCAACAUUUGCAUUGAGUGGACUUCAACUUUGUGCAUGUGUGACCUUGCCCAAACACCUCUUCCUAUCAUACAAGGAGCAGCAAACUCUGGAUGUUCACGAUAAUACUGAGGAGGUAAUGGCAUUUUUUGGGGGCGACAUUGUGAUUUCUCCUUCUGCAAAUGAUUGUGCUUGGACUUGGAUACAAUUACCAGACUACGGUUUCUGACUGAGGAAAGGGUGAGUAUAUAAUGCAUUUUUGAAAAUGUAUGUUUUGAAUCAGUGUUUUUCAACCACUGAUAUGUUUCUAGUAUUUGUUACAUCAUUUUGCAGCUGACAUUUUACAGUUAUCACAUUUUGCCACUAGAUGGCGAUGUAUGAAUACAAGAAAAGCCACAAGGGCCUUAGUGACUUAUGUUUGCUGGUUCAGAUAGAUUACAGUAUAUGGUAUAACUAAUGCACAGCUACAUGCAUUUUAGAUGCUCAAAAUAGUUUGGGUCAUCUAUUAUGUGUAGCUGAUUGAUAAAACAGGAUUUUAUCUAUAAAAGCACAGAUAUGAUGUGUCGUUUUCAAGGCUAAAUCAUGCCACUGAGAUGUCUGUAGUACAUACAGUACAUAUCCUUCAGGGUGCAGAGUUAGACAAGCCUUUGUUUAUUACCCUGUAUAUAAAGAGAGUAAAGGGCUGGUCACAUCACCGUCACACCGAGGUACACAAUACCUAGUGCAGUGUAAGCAGUUGGGAGAGCAGAGAGCCAGGGCUGUGGUGUGUGGAAAAUGCUAGUGGAGGCAGACAAUGCACUGGUCCGAGGCCUGACCAGCCCUCGGAGGGACAGGGGUCGCCUCACUGCGACAACAGCCCCCGUCUCCCUCCCUUCUUUUUCUUUUUAUGAGCUCCACAGCAUGGGCUCGGGGAGGACGCUGAAGUUCGCCCUGUGCGAGGUGCUGCAGUUUGCGGGCCUGUGCGUGCCGCUCUUCAUCGUCAUGCAGAGGUUCGCCGUCAUCGUAGCAUUGGUCAAAACGUCGACGCAGCCCCCCGGAGACGGCAGCACGGCCUACUGGUUGAUCGUGGCCUCCUCCAUUGCCUACGUCACCUCCACCGCCCUGCUGGUCUGGGUACCCAUGAAGUAUAUGGUCUUCGUGAAGAAGAAAUUUCUCAUUGGGAGGAAGAAGUGGAGGCCUGUGGCCCUCGUAUAUGUGAUCCUGUCCACAUUACCCUGCUUUGCCUUUCUCAUCGCCAGCUCUGAGGUUCAGAUAAAUAACAACAUGAAACAUGAUACGUUCACGGAGCUCCCUGUAUCACUAGUCCUCUUCUCUCUCAUCUGUAUUGACGUUGUGGAGAGGAUACGCUACUGCAGACUGACCGGCCAGGCUAAUGACAUGGAGAGAGAUGCUGACAUCCCCUCCACUGUCCUCACACAUGUGGAACAGGUAACACCAGUAACACCUAUCAGUCCAGCUGUGCCGGGGCCAGCUGUGCCUGGGCAAGCUGGACCAACUCCCAUGCAACCAGGAGGAAGCCAGCAUAAUGACAGGAACCAGAACCAGAACGGACCAGGGGCUCGACCAGAGACCAACGGGACAGUCCCGGGGAUACCGGGUAAUCCUGGGAGACCGUUUAGCAUCUCUGGGUUGAGCUCACGAUCAGCGAGCAACACAGCGUACCACUUAUCUCCGUACGCCUACACGGGUCCACUGAGGUUCCUGUGUGCCAGUGACGCACGAGCUGACGUGUUUGUGGACAGCUUUAUAUUCUGGAUGGACACAGUGGAGAUGGUGCGGGUGGCAGGACAUCCCCUUGUCUAUUACUCAGGCUGGGUGUUCCCCAUCUACAUCUUCAGCUACCUGUCGUGCCUGCGUGUGGUGGUCAUGCCCCACAGCCCCCUGCUUUCCUCGCUAGGAGUGGCCGUGCAAGACUUCCCCUUCUUCUUUGUGCGUGUCGGCCUCAUUGCCUUCUUCGGCUUCGUCACACCGAUCCUCUAUCUGAUGAAGAACCUGCUGGUCUGCCUGGCCUUCGUCUAUUUCAACUUCAUGACCAGGCUGAGGGUCUUCAACACAGAGAGGAUGUUCUUUUGAGACCAGCACGUCAAGCAAAGACAUUAAAACAUACAGUAGGAGCAACAGAGUGGUGCAGGAAUGAGUCCUAAAACCCAGAAAUGAGUUAGCAUUUUAGCACUUCUGGUUCCCUCGUCUGGACAUCAAUGUUUUUUUUGAAUGUUUUUUUU